AUGUCAAAGCCUGGAGAUGAAAUCACCUUUUUGAAGCGCACCCAUGAGCUGGUGGAAGAUGGCAAGAUGGUUAUACGUGUACACCGCAAACACCUUGAUCAGCCGUGCAAACUCUUGCGUCUUUCCAAGAGGCUUCACUGCAAGAAGACCCCCGGACAUAGUGAAAUGGAAAUUCCUGAUCGCUCUACUGAGCUUGGUCAUCAGGAUGCAUCGAUUUAUCGAACAUGUGUGGGGAUCCUUCUUUACUUGUCAGCUGACCUGCUGCAAUGUCAGUAUGUGAUUCGAUACUUGCCCACUUCCUCUUCCAAGCCAACUGAAAAAUCACUGAUGGUCUUGAAACGCCUGGUUGGCUAUAUCGCAGCACACUCAGACCAGUGCAUGUCUUUGAGGUGGAGCGGUUUGCAUACUGGUGUCUGCAAGCAGUAUGAGAACGAAGAGCCGAUUGCGGAAAUUUUCAGCGGUGCUGAUUGGGCAGCCGAUGGAGAGACACAUCGGUCUGUUUCAGGAUCUGCAAUGUACUUUGGUGGCUGUCUGGCUUACUCAAGCUCAAGGACGCAGAAGAUCGUGCCACUCUCGAGCGCAGAGUCAGAAACAUAUGCAGCUGCGUCGGCCACACGGGAUGCGGUCUUGAUCACAACUUUUUCCAUGGCUCGAAUCUCUAUGCUACUUCUUGGGCAUCUGGAGAGGAAACUGUCUGGAAGACAGCUUCAGAUUGCAGUCGUGGAGAUGAUUCCUAUGACAAUGGCUCUGAAACCCCGCUCUGAGUACCCUCCAUGGUCCCAAGAGGGAAUGAUUCACUGGCUCUACGAUAGAUGUGAGCGAAGGUUGGAAAAGGCAGUGGUCAAACAAGACCCGUUCAAAACAAAUCAAUAUUUGGCCCGACAGGGCAUCCUGUCUGGCUUGUUGGCCUACCUUGAAUCAGCUAUGGAGGGUCAACCAGAGAUGGUACAACAGAUGCUGGAGGACAUCACAGACCUAUCCAGCGAUGAAGAUUCUCCUACCGUGAACACCGGAAACUCUUCUGGAGUUGCCACAGCUUUUGUGUAUGGUGCGGCAGCAACUCAGCUGUGCGGGUGUGACGCAGAAGGCCCAAAAGGCAGUGGAGAUGAAGUCGUCUCCUUUACGACUAUGGUGUUGGCCCUGUGGACACUGGCGUUGGGAGCCUACACAUGGUUCUGGCUACGCAAGCCGAUUCGCCCUGUGCACUUCCCAUCGAAUGACCUGGAAGUGAGAUCUGUAGCUGCCGACGCAGAAGUGCAUGAGGAGCCUCCAAUUGAAGGCAUGUUGUUGAUGACACUUCGUCGCAUCAACGGAAUGCUUGAACGUGUUCAACGCAGUGUGGGAACAAUGGGAAGAUCCUUCGAUGCCUCCAAAGCCGGCUGA